AUGUGGUUGUCACCUACUGUGAAACGCACCACUUACGCUAAUGGCGACACCAUCUCUGUUGAAAUGAACCAAUACCAGACAUUACAGUUGGGCUCAACCAAUGAUUUAACGGGCACGAAAAUAUCUUCAAGUAACGUUGUGUCGGUUUUUUGUCAAAGCGAUAAUUCUGCCGAAGCAGGUGUUGCUGAAAGGAUACUCAAUAUCCAAUCAUAUCUGCUUGUUGAUAAGAGAACUGUAUCUGCAGCAAUUCGCAAAAAAAUAAGUAUCCCUGACAAUCGACCUUCUGCCAUGGCCAUCGGCCAUGUUGGAAUUAUCACCUUGGUGGUUGUAUUUUCAUUAGCAAUUGUACCCGACAUAUUCCGCGUUUUACAUUUCAUGAAAAACAUUAAUAGAAAAAAUGACAUAUAG